AUGUCGAGAAAGUCAAUUAAAAUUUUAGACGAUUCUAUGGAAGGGGACAAGCAGAAGAAUGUCCACAAAAAUGCAGAUGAGUCAAGUUUGCUUAUUCCUCGGCUCGAUUAUGAUGCCUCCCUCAAUUGUCUUGUUCGAUUGUCAAGGUCUGAUUAUGGCUCAAUUGCUGUAUUGAACCGAAGUUUUCGAUCACUCAUUAAGAAUGGACAAUUGUUUCAACUUCGACGGAAAAUGGGAAUAAUUGAACAUUGGAUUUACUUUUCUUGUGAUGUCCUUAAGUGGGAGGUGUUUGAUCCAAAUCAUAAUCGGUUGAUGCAAUUGCCUAAAAUGAAUUCCAAUAUAUGUUUUAUGCUUUCAAACAAGGAGUCAUUAACUGUUGGUACAGAGCUUCUUGUUUUUGGAAGAGAAAUAACGGGUCAUUCCAUCUAUAAGUAUAGUAUUCUGACAAAUUCAUGGGUGAAGGGAAUGAAAUUGAAUACUUCAAGAUGUUUGUUUGGUUCUGCAAGCCUCGAAGAAAUAGCAAUAUUAGCCGGUGGUUGUGAUCAACAUGGCAACAUUUUGAGCUCUUCUGAGCUUUAUAAUUCAGAUACCGGUACUUGGGAGGUUCUUCCAGACAUGAACACACCGAGGAGAAUGUGUUCGGCUGUGUUUAUGGAUGGAAAAUUUUAUGUCCUUGGUGGGGUUGGAGUUGACAAUACAACACAGUUAACCUGUGGUGAGGAGUUUGAUUUGAAGACAAGAGAGUGGCGCAAAAUACCUAACAUGUGCCCAUCUCGAAAUGGAGGCGAUGGUGCAAAUCCAGUUAGUGGUGAGGCACCUCCUUUAAUUGCUGUUGUAAACAAUGUAUUAUUUGCUGCCGAUUAUGCACAACAUGUAGUAAAAAGAUAUGUUAAAGAUAUAAACUCAUGGGUCACCAUUGGAAGCCUUCCUGAUCGAGUAACCUCGGUAAAUGGAUGGGGAAUGGCCUUUAGAUCAUGCGGAGAUAAGCUAGUUGUCAUUGGAGGUCAUAGUCAUCAGGGUGGAAUGAUAACUGAAGUCAAUGCUUGGGUAGUAGACGAAGACGUACCACAGUGGAAUUUACUUGCCAUAGUUCAAUCAGGGAACUUUGUGUAUAAUUGUGCUGUGAUGGGAUGUUGA